UUGGGGAAGAAGGUACGUAAGGCCGAUAUUGAUUAGUUGCCGCGCGGCGGUCCGGCAACGUCAUCUUGGCUCUAUCAUCAAAGACAUCGUGGCGUUCUUGUACCUUAAGAUUGAGGUGUCGGGAAUCUCAGCGCAUCCGUCCGACUGUGGCCGGAACCCGAGCGCGAGAUGCGUCGAGAGAGGCGAGUAUCAACGAACACAUCGUACAGUGAACGCGACGACCACCGAAGUGCUGCCGUGGCUUCCCAGACAUCCGAGAUACAGCGAAGUUACUUCCUUGGGUGGUCUCACGACUGGAAGGCCUUCAGAGCACCUGUGCUCAGAGCAACCGAAAAGACCGUGUUAUCGCAUUCACCGUCACUCCAGAACACCGUUUGCACGAUGUCGCAAUUUUUAGAUGACGAACCCAUGCGACGCAGAUAGCUCACAACGACAGAAACCCUGUGGUCUCUUGCUCCCGUCACAUAUUGCACCAUCAUCGCACCGCCGCUCUCGCACUUCAUGCGCUACCAACUUAAACUUACCACACUGCAUCUCGCUUUGUUCCAUCCUUUUCAGAAACAGGAUGGCGCCAAAUAACUCAAGACAUCUCCUCCCCAUGAAUUCAGUUCUUUUCCACAACAAGUCCUCCUCGCACUUCUCGCUCUCUGAUCCGGCGGACCUGACGCUCGUGAACCUUCAAGAUGCGCAAGACACCACAGUCACCGCACUACCGCAGCCGCCUACCAAUACCGCCAUCACUGCCAAGCCAGCGAAAGACAGUCUUUGGACGAGAGUUCUGGUAAAGUUAAAAAUUGUGGUUUGUUUUAAGCACGGAAAAGACGAACAGGAGGACAAGAAAGAGGACGAGAAGGAGAUGUGCAUUGGCGAACCGACAGGAUUCAAGCACGUCAGGACAGCAGGGCCUCGACCGAUGAUGGCGAGCGUACCGGUAGUUGUUGAAGAGGAAGAGAGCGAGUGGGAGGAUAUGAGAGAAAGUGAGGCUGGAGAUUCAAUGUGGUCCAAGAGAUAAGACACGCUUGCCACGGUAGCAGUCACAAGGACCAUGACAGAGAGACCGAUGCGAACAACACUGAAUCGAUUUGGGUAUUGAGG